AUCCCUAUUCCUCAUCUCCUAAAUCCUAAUUUCCUAAAAUCUAAAAAAAUUCCUAAAUACUAACAUCUAACAGAUAGACGAAUCCAUUCCAGAUUCCUGCAGAAACCAAACUCAGUCUCCGUCCGACGGCGCUGCGGUCGCUGCCUUCCUCCCCUGCGAAUCUGGGUAUGUCUUCUUCAUUGACUUAAGAAUUGCUUAUUGUUAAUGGGCAUACCACAAAACCUCAGAGAGCACCUCAUCAAACUUAAUUGUCUUCUUGCUGAUUUCACUCAUUGCCGCCAAUUCUACAGUGCUCUCCACCUCUUUCACCAUAUUCACUCCUCCCACCUUCUCAGACCGGACCACUACACCCUUUCCACCGUCCUCACUGCCUGCGCCAACAUCCAACACACAGUCGUCUUCGGCGCUCAACUCCACGCCUUUGGGUUUCGGGCUGGGUUAACAGCUUUUUCCCAUGUUUCAAAUGCUCUGCUUUCAUUCUACGCCAAGUCCCAAGAUUUGUGCGGUGUCAAAAGGCUCUUCAGCGAAAUUCAAAGUCCAGAUGUUUAUUCGUGGACGACUUUACUGUCUGCGUGUACGAAGCUUGGUGAAGUGGAGUAUGCUCUCCAGGUGUUUGAUGAAAUGCCGCGCAGAGAUGUUGCUGUGUGGAAUGCGAUUAUCACUGGCUGUGCAGACAACGGCGAUGAUGAGGUUGCGUUGAAUUUGUUUCAGAAAAUGCACUCUUUGGGUGUUUCACACGAUAAUUACACUUUUGCCAGUGUCUUGAGUCUCUGCUCCUUGGAGCUAUGGGGUUUGGGGAGGCAAGUGCAUUCAAUGGUAGUCAAAACUGGGUUUUUGGCUACAACUUCUGUUAUCAAUGCUUUGGUGACAAUGUACUUUAACUGUAAAUCUGCUGUGGAUGCAUGUUGGGUUUUCGAAGAUGCAGAUGAAGUGGUUGAUCAAAUAACUUACAAUGCAAUGAUUGCUGGGCUAGUGAGCGUGGAAAGAAAUGAGGAGGCAUUAGUGAUGUUCAAUCAUAUGAGAAAUAUUUAUCUGAUGCCAACUGGGCUGACUUUUGUCAGUUUAAUGAGUUCAUGUUCUGAUGCCAUGAUUUCAACUCAAAUUCAUGCACUAGUAGUGAAACAGGGUUUUGAAGAUUGCACUUCUGUGAGUAAUGCUGCAAUGACCAUGUAUUCCAAUUGUCGGGACUUAAAAGCCACUUGUUUGAUUUUCGAAAGAAUAAAAGAGAAGGAUAUUGUGUCAUGGAAUGCCAUGAUAACAAGCUACGCCCUAGAGAAUUUGAGUGGAGAAGCGAUUUUGGCUUACCUUGAAAUGCAGAGGGAAGGGGUUGUGGCAGAUGAAUUUACUUUAGGAAGCUUACUAUCAAGCUCUCAAUCAGUAGCUGAUGCUGAGAUGAUUCUAUCCAUAGUAAUCAAGAAUGGGCUUAUCUUGAAAAUUGAAGUUUCAAAUGCAUUGGUUUCUGCCUUUUGUAAGCUUGGUGAAAUAGAGCAGGCCUAUAGAUACUUUCGCGACAUGUUUACCAGAAACUUGAUAUCAUGGAACGCGAUAAUUUCCGGUUCCCAAUCAAAUGGAUUUCCUAUGCAGAGUUUGAACCUGUUUAGUGAGCUUCUGGCAGAAGGAUUGACACCUAAUGCUUACACUCUCAGCACUGUCUUGAGUGCAUGUGCCGGUAUUCCUUCUUUCCAGCACGGGAAGCAGAUUCAUGGAUACAUUCUUAAAUUUGGAUCAUUUUUAGAAACUUCUAUAGGUAAUACUCUGAUUGCCCUGUACUCAAAGUGUGGGAUUUUACAUUGGUCUACAAGGGUGUUCCAGAUUAUGACUGAAAGAGAUGUUGUCUCUUGGAAUUCAAUGAUAUCUGCCUAUGCACAGCAUGGGAAAGGAGGGGAAGCUGUCCAUUGUUUUGAAAAGAUGGUAGAUUCAGGUCGGGUUGAACCAGACAAAGCAACUUUUACCGGAGUUCUUUCAGCUUGUAGUCAUGCAGGUUUAGUUGAAGAUGGCAUUCAAAUAUUUAACUCUAUGGUCAAUAACUAUGGCAUUAAGCCUGGAGUGGAGCACUUCUCUUGCAUUGUUGAUAUUCUAAGCCGAGCUGGAUAUCUCGACGAGGCAGAAGAGAUAGUAAAAACCAAGAAUAUUGAGGUAGAUUCCACUGUCUGGUGGACAUUGUUCAGUUCAUGUGCAGCUCAUGGUGAUACAAGAUUAGGAAGAAUUGUUGCAGGAAUUCUUCUUGAAACUGAAAAGAAUAACCCAGCAGUUUAUGUGCUAUUGUCAAAUAUUUAUGCUGAUGCAGGGAAGUGGGAGGAAUCAGCUAGUGUUAGAGAAUUGAUGCAGAGAUAUAGGGUCAUCAAGCAACCAGGCAGUAGUUGGGUUAGAUCAUAGCAUUUUUUUUUCCUCCCAUAGUCUAUCAACAACUCUUAUACCAGGGUUCAUAUUGCAGUGUGAACCUUGAUAUAAAAAUUUUGUACCUUCAAUUUACACAUUCUGUACACAGUUAACAGUUUCUGUACAUGUAAACAAAUAAUUUGAUAAUUACUAACACAUAAUAUAAUAGGACA